AGUUAUCUUUUCGUAUACAUUUUCUCUUAGCUUUCAUUCCUCUAGGUCUAAGUUAUACACCCCAAUAACAGGCACAGAGACUGCGACACGAUGCAUGCUGCGUCUGACGCGUCCAAGGCAUCGCGGACGACGCGGUCCACCGUCGGCGUCAGCAACUCGACCGCCGGCUGCCUUCACACCUCCUCCGCCUCUCGUUAUUCGGUACGCAAUAAAAGCCACAUGACGUCGUCCACGCGUGGCAGCGGCGGCACGGCAGCCGCACGCGACGAGGCGAAGCGGCGCCUGCAGGACCUGAAGGGCGAGUUGGAGGGCGCCGUGCACGUGUUGGAUGGUGGUGUAAACCGCACGCCGCUGCCCCUGCAGCAGCAUCAGAGUCUUGUUGGUGGUCUGGCGUACGAAUCCCAAGGUGGCCCCACGCGACUGGACAUGACGCAGGACUCCAGCACUGCCGCCGCCCUGAUGAACGCCGAGAUCGGCGCCUCGUUUCUGCAGUCGUCAUUCAUGCUGGGCUCGAGCAUGCGGAACAACGCCCGAAAGCAGUCGUCCGUCAGCGCUGAAGCGGAGAGCUCGAUCACCGGCAUCAUCGGUGUUGGCGGCGGCGGCGGACAACGCAGUCGUCGCGGCGGGGACAGCAGCUCGAAAAGCAUGGAGUCCAGCACGUACUCCUUAUCUUUCGCGAACGACCGUCGUCUGACGGAGCAGUCGUCGUCGGUGAUCGACAGCAGCGCCUUCCGGACCAACAACACCGGCGGUGGUGGCUCCUCGGUGCUGCACCGGGGUAGCAGCACCUCGAACCAGAUUCCACACCUCGUGCAGCAGAACACGCUGUUGUCGGAGGCCGCGUAUGUGCAACCGGCGCCGCUGUCGGAGGAGAAGAAGGCGGCGUGGCGCAAGGCGAUCACGACGAUAACGUUGACCGAAACGCCCACAAUCUUCUUGUACAACCACCACGACGAAGCCGUGUCGAAGGAGGACGUCGAGGAGGUGGCGGCGGUGAAGGCACGCAACAAAGCCUACGCCGGGGUGGAGGAGGCCUAUCGCACCGAUGAGGGCACGCGCUUUCACAGCACCGGCGUCGCCACGAUGCGGGCCCCGUUGAAGUCGAUUCAAACCGAGGUGCACCCGCCGGCGAAGAAGGACAGCGGUGGUCUGCAGGUGACGACGUGGAUGCUGAAGGAUGCGUACGAGGCGGCGCUGGAGGGCAUGAACGGCGGUGACGACGACGAGAACGAUGAUGCGCAGCAGCAAAAGGAGGCGGCGGCGGCCGGCAGCGGCGGCGGCGACGUCGACGAUGUUCUGCGUGAGGACGGUGGCGGCGAUGAGGGGGCUGAUUUCGAGGUGGACGACGACGCGAACAGCGAGGAGGCGCAGUCCACAGUGUUGUCGUCCGACGAGGCGACGACGAACACGCCAUCGACAGCGGCAGAUGGGACGGCCAACGCUAAGACGGGCCUGGGCUUGUCGAAGCAGUGGAUGCUCGCCGACACCGUGUUGUCCACGCUGCGCGUGAUGGAGCGGGCGGUGGUGCAGAACUACAUGGAGGCUGCCCAGCUCGCCUACCGCGGCAUCGAGGUGGACCCGGCCAGUAGGCGCGUGCAGGGGAAAGCGAGCAGCGGCAACAAUCAGAACAGCAGCGGCAGAGGCGGCCGCGCUGCGGCGGCAAAGGGCGGAGCGGCGGCUCCCCCUCCGCUGCCGCCGUCGCCGGCCACCGCGCAAAAGCCGUUGCCUCCGCUCUCCGCCGAUGCUGCGGCCGGCGCGACGAAAGACACGAGGGACCUCGUGUCUGCUCCACAACAACUCGUGCCGCGCGGUGAGCGUGACAGUAAGCCAGACGCCGGGGCUGACGGCACGAGUGGGGGCGCCGCGACGGCGCCGACGAUAGUUCCUGGGUUCACCGUGGCGUUGCGGAUGAGCGAGGACGUGCGCUUCCUCUGGCGCUUCGGCUCGGGCCAGCUGACACGCAACCGCGGGGUUGCCUGCAUGACGUGGAACCGUCGGGAGCUGGACAUGCUGGCCGUUGGCUACACGGCGUGCCGCACCUCCGGCGCGCGUGCGAACCAACGCAAGAGCAAUGGCGCUGCCCCGCCUUCUUCGCAAAGUGCGGAUCCGAUCGACCUGGAUGUGAAUGAUGGCGGUAUGGUGCUGAAGCGGUCCAUGGGUCAGGAGGCGAAGGGCAUGAUCUGCUGCUGGUCGCUGAAGAACCCUCUCGCACCGGAGCUCAUCCUCUUCCUUUGUCACGAGGCGGACGUCACGGCCUUGGCCUUUUCAAGUGAGCGGCCGAGUUUGCUGGCGGUGGGCAGCAGCGCUGGUGAGAUCGUUGUGUACGACAUCCAACGGGAUGUGGUCUACCCUUCCAUUGCCCCGGCCGCCGGCGCCACUGCAGGGCAGCACACGGGCGCCAUCUGGGAGCUGCAGUGGGUCCCAAAGGGAAAGGAGCACGGUGAGUUUCUCACUUCCAUUUCGGCUGAUGGACGGGUUGUGCAGUGGGCGGUGGGGAAGUCGAUCGAGCGAGUUGCGCCGGACUUGAUGCACCUGCAGCGUCAGCCGGGGACGCAGGUGGAGCAGGCUUUCGUGGACGGCGUGGCGGAGGCAGAGGCGGUGGCGGCGGCGGCGGACUCUGCGGUGGCGGCGGCGGGCGGGGGGAAGGGACGCGGGAAGCUGCGCCCGAGCCCGCCGCCGACGCAGGGCACGACAGGGAAUCCAACGAGCUCCAGCGGGGGACGGACGAAUGGCAGCCGAGGCAACGGUGGCGGGAAUAAAGACGCGGGCGGUGGCGGCGUUGCCGGCGAUGAGGCGGUGCUGUCGCGUCAGUGUGGCGGCAUGUGCUUUGAUGUCUGCCCGAUUGACACGGCCAUUUACGUGGUGGGCACCGAGGACGGCUCUGUGUUGCAGUGCAGCAAGAGCCAGACAGAGAACUACGACUUCGAGUACGAGUCCCACGCGGAGCUCGUCUACCGGGUGCGGUGGUCGCCGUACAGUGCGGCGUACUUCCUGACCUGCUCCGCUGACUGGACGUCGCGCCUCUACAAGGUCGGCACGAGCAAGGCCCAGCUCCGCUUUAACAGCGUGCGCCAGGACGCGGUGCAGGACGUGGCGUGGUCGCCCACAAACGCGCUCAUCUUCGCCACGGCCACGGCGCAAGGCAGUGCGGAGGUGUGGACGGUGGCGGAUGUGAUGUACCCACGCGACAGCAUCGAGUUUGAAGAUCACCGCCACCUCAGUGCAAUUCUCUUCGCGGAGCAGGAGACGCCGGUGCUCGUGGUGGGGGAUGAGGAGGGCGAUGUAACGGUGUUCUUGUUGGAGGGUGCGUGCUACACACGACAGGAUUUGACCGAUGAUGAGCAGGAAGUGUGGAUGGACGAGACGGUGCGGAAGCAGCUCACCUAA